CGACAGGAGGCGCACGGAGCCGGCCGGGGUCGAGCCUCGGAGGCCGUUGGAGCCCCGCGUGUCGCAGGCCACCGAGCAGCCACUGGGACACACGCUGCACGCAGCGAGGGGACACUGCAAACCCCCUGCCCCAAACUUCAAGUCGGAAGCAGGGGAGAGACGCCUGUCAGGACGCCCCCGUCCCCGGGGACCACCACCUCUACCCCACGUCUGCGGGCGUUUUCCAGCCGUCUCUGCCCCUUCUCCGGCCACUUUAUUGCCUUUGACCGGGGAUGAAGCCUGGAGGCGGUGACCCCAUGGCGACCCCGGAGUCCGAGUCAGCCGACGUGACCCUGGGUCCGCCGCCGCCCUGGGCCUGCCCGGCUGACGUGCGUCUCUGCGGCCACCUGCGGAAGCAGAAGUCCCAGCGCCGCCGCUUCUUCGUGCUCCGCGCGGACCCGCCGCGCCUCGAGUGCUACGAGAGCGAGAAGAAGUUCCGCGCCGGCCGAGCGCCGCCCAAGCUCAGCGUGAAUCUGGCGGGCGCGUGCACCAUCAGCAAGCGCGUGGACGCGCGCCAGCGCCACCUGAUCGUCCUCUACACGCGCGACCGCAGCCUGGGCGUGGCGGCGGCCAGCGAGGCGGAGCAGCAGGCGUGGUACAGCGCCCUGCUCCAGGCGCGCGCUGCCGCCGGUGAGGCCAGAGCCCUGGAUCCCAGCUCCCAAGAGGACCCCGGGACCUGGAUCCUCGCUCCGUUUCAGGACAUCUGGCCCGUGACGCUGCGGCCCAAGGGGUUGGGGCGGACACGAGGCCUGGGCAGCGGGGGCUACUGCCUGUGCCUGGGUUCUGGGGUACUGAGCCUGCUGCGGAAGCCCAGGGGCAGAGGCUCCGAGGACACCCAGGCAUGGCCGCCGCCGCCGGCCCUGCGCCUGUCCCUGCUCAGCGUGCGCCGCUGCGGCCACGCAGACUCUUUCUUCUUCCUGGAGCUUGGCCGCUCGGCGCCCACGGGUCCCGGGGAGCUGUGGCUACAGGCGCCCGACGGUGUUGUGGCCCAAAGCAUUCACGAGACAGUCCUGGCCGCCAUGAAGCGACUCGGGGACGGUGGUGCCGGUGGUAGGGCUGAGCCACUGCCAAGGGAUCCCCCGACGAGCGCCUCCAGGCCCUCUGUCCCCCAACCUUACGAGACCCCGGCCUCCGCGGCCCAAUCAAUCAGCCUGAGCCGUCCGGGGUGCCUGGGUGAGAGGAGCGAGCAAGCAACCCUCAACACCCUGGUGACGCUGGGGGCAGCAGCCUCGUACCCCGAGGGGUGGGAGCGAAGAGGGGGCUACAUAACCAUGGGAGCCGGGAGUGACUACGAGCCCAUGGGGGGCGGCGAAGCAGGCGGCUACAUGGUGAUGGCGCCCCCAGGCCUGCCGGCCGCCGCCAACACCACUCCCCGCCAGUCACUCCAGGAUUGGGGGGCCACUGAAUACGUGCCCAUGAGCCGCUUUGCACCAGGGCCCUUUUCCUCGAGCUCCUUGCCCCGUUCCUACAAGUCCGGAACGGGAGAGCCUGGACCCGAGCUCCAAGUCCCCUGUCUCCGCGUCGGGGAUGGCUGGGGACCAGCGGGGGCUCAUCCCUGCUUGCAGGCGCCUUCUGAGCUAGCCGGGGAGUACGUGUGCAUCCAGUACGCGGCCCCGGGCUACGUAGGAAUGGGCACUGCCAUACCGGAGCCCCUCGACGGCCGCCUCAACUACGUCGACCUGGACUUGGUCCAUCCUCUGCAGGCGCGAGGCGAGGCCCCCGGGGCCAGCACGCACCGCCAGCACAGCUACGCAAGCAUCGAGUUCCAGAACCUCGGGGAGGCUCGGAGUUCCUGCAGCAUCACUCCAGAAUCUCAGGUCAGCCUUGGCCCCCCACCCUGCCUCCGAUGACGACUCUCACAUGGAUCUGCCCCUUGCCGGCACACACCUGCAGUGCCAGCCUUGUGUCUCCUCCCAGGCAAAGAACUAACCUCCAGCCCAAGAGGGAUGAAAGCACCAGGUAUCUUACCGCUAGUGCCCCCCCAAAAGUGAGGUGCCACCCCCUUACUCCCUAGCUUGCCUCUCCCAGUGCCAGCCACGUGCUCACACAACCCUCCCUUCUCCCAGGCCCAGCAGAGCUCAUGGAAUACCCACUUCCCAUAUACUUAGUCUGAGGGACUGUACUCUGGACAUCUCCCCCACCCCCACCCCUACCCCACGAUUAAAGGUUCCCUGCUUGG